GACCGGGGGGCGCGUUCAAACACGGCGAGGGAAGGAGAAGGGAGAGGAGCGGGGUCGGGAUCGCAGCGCCGCCGGCAUGUGCUGGUACCGGGCUUUUCUCUAAUUCUCCAUGGCAGCAGCACAGGGUCCUGUGACCUGUGAGCCUGACACCCGCGUCCUCGGCACCUACCUCUCCUCGGAGCCCGUCGUUGGCAGCAUGGGCAGCGUGGGCAGCCUGGUGGAGAAGCAGGAUCUGUCCCCCCUGGAGCUACGGGCCCCACUGGGGGGAUCGCGGGGGCUUCGGCAGCCUGAUGGCUUGCUGCGGAAGGGGCCAAGCCAGCGGGAGCUCUUUGGCUACCUGCAUGGGGCCAAGAAGGAGAUGCGGUCGGAGCGGAAGCACCAGGCGUCGGCUGCCUGCUACAAGAGGGACUACGAGAGCGACCGCGAGAACCGAUCCCCUGAGCGCUGCUCCCGGGAGCAUCACCGUGGAGCUGACUUCUCCAAGAGCUCCCUGCCCGAGCGGGGACGCUUCGACAAGUGCCGAAUCAGGCCCUCAGCUUUCAAGGCAGUGGCUGGGAAAGGGCUGGUCUCCAUGCAGGGCCUGUCCUCGUCUAAGGGGCAGAAGCUGUCCAAGAGCAAUGGGAGCCUGCACACGCUGCUGUCGCAGAGCAGCACGGCAGCCUCGCAGCAUGGCCCGCUCCGCACCCACCUGCUCCACGCCAUCAGCCUGGAUGAAGCCUCCGACUCCAGCCACAACUCCAUCCAGAGCUUCCCUUCCUAUGGCUCCCGCCUCAAACCUGCCCAGAGCCAAUUCAGCGCCUCCAUGGGCCACAUCAACCACAUCGGAGGCUCCUUGGACAGGGUCUCCCGGAGCCCCAGGGACCCUCUGGCCCCUGAGAAGGCACCUCUGUCCUGCAAAAGCAUGGCCACACUGAGCCGGCUGCAGAGCCCCGGGGAGCCCCCACCACCCUAUGAGUUCACCUACUCACUGGAGGAUGCUGUGAAGCAGCUGGAGGACCGGCUGCAGGAGACAGGAGGAGAGCUGCGGCAGCUCAAGAGGAGCCUUAGUGAGACUGAAGACCCUUUCACACAGGUGUUUGAGGACAAGCAGCGGCUGUGGCUGGAUGAGCUGGAGGACCUGAAGCAGAUGUACAUGGCCCGGCUGCAGCAGGUGACGCAGCAGGCGCAGCGCGGGCAGCGCGGGCUGCAGCUGCAGCUCUACAAAGCACAGCAGGAGAAGAAGCGGCUGCAGGAGGAGCUGAGCAUGCAGCAGUGCCAGUGUGAGGAGACCAAGCUCCGGCAGACCCAGGGCGAGCACGUCAGCCCCAAGCUGGAGGAGACCAAGUGGGAGGUGUGCCAGAAGGCAGCAGAGAUCUCCCUGCUGAAGCAGCAGCUCCGGGACACCCAGGAGGAGAUGGCUCAGAAGCUGGGUGAGAUCUUCAGUCUGAAGACGCAGCUGCGGGAGGCCAAGGCAGAGGUCCAGGCCAGGGACUCCCAGCUGGCACAACUGGCAGACUCCUUCCAGAGCCCCCCAGAGCCCAGUGCCCCACUGCUGCUGGGUGACGACCCCAUGCCAGUGUGCCAGGACUUCCCUGGCUGUGAAACUGAUGACUCCAAGUGCCGAGGCCUUCACAGCGACACGGCGGAGCCGCUGGAGCGGCAGGUGGAGUGGCUGUGGGCAGAGCUGCUGCGGGAGCGGCGCCAGGGCCAGCUGCAGGCUGUGAACUUUGAGCUGGAGAGGAAAACCUGGCAGGAGGAGAAGGAGAAGGUGCUGCGGUACCAGCGGGAGCUCCAGGCCAGCUACAUGGAGAUGUACCACCGGAGCCAGGCGCUGGAGCGGGAGCUGCGGCAGCUGCGCUCAGAGCCCAGGGACGGCGGCGCCGACUCCCCGUGGAUCGAGCGGGUGGAGUCCUCCAAGAUCUGAGCAUGGGAUGCUGGUAGGACUGUGAAAGGGGAAGGUCUCUUACUGCUGCAACGGGACGGUCUCAGGAUCUGCACAAGGACCAGCUGCUCAGCACUGCCCUGGGGAGGACUGAUUGCGACAAGGGAGCUUUUCCGUCUUGCAACACUUCAGACCCUUCCGAGGGGGAUCCUGGAGAGGGGGCGUCAUCUGUGCCAGGGUGGGGGUCUUGCAUGUGCCCCGUGCUCUGACUCCAGGAGCAUUUGCCCUGUGAUUCCUUCUGCCAUGGGGGCAGAAACCUAGCACUCGGUGAGACAUUCCCUGUCCCUCCUGCUCUGCCACCCCUGUUCCCUACAACCCAGUAACUUAAAUGUUUUACUAAGGAGAGGCUCAAGUCCUGUCCCCAAUCCUGCUGCCUUGCUGUAGGGGUUCCAGCUGCUGCUUGCAGUGGCUGUCCUGUCAGCAGGGUCCUGGAGCUGGCCGUGUCCUGUGCCUGCACCAACUGGUCUGUGUUGAUGUGGGAACUCAGAGGAGGAAAGCCCUGACAAAUCCUGGUACUGGGGGGGGAGGCAGCUGCCCCUGCACGUCUGUUGGGGCUUUCCCUGCCCAUGGAGGGUGGUAAAUGCAGCUUCCCUGCAGGAAAGCUGAGGUAUGCGUGCCUUGUGCAAGGAGGAAAGGGAACCUGGUCCCCUGCCUUGGGGGAGGGGAAGGAGAACUGGGGCAUGUAGGCAGGGGGCCGAGAUGCUCCCCGAGCUGGGGAACCCCCGCGUCACCCCUCCCAGGCGCUGGAAGGGGCCCUGCUCUGCGCCUGUAACAGCGGAAGGCCAGGCCCGGCCCAGCUCUUUCCUGCAAUAAACCCGAUUUCCUUCUUC